AUGCCGAUGACACCGACAACACACCCAGUCUAUUCCCCACGACAGACGGUCCUUCCUUCCCGAACCACCCCAGCCGUGCAUAGCCUCCGCCAAGGCAAUAGCACCAGAAAUGCGAGAGCAGUACGACGGGUCCACGGGCUGCAAAAUGAGAAUAUGACGGCGCUUCAACGCACGGUGUUCAAGGAAAAUGAGAUCGACCUUGAUCGUGAGCUCAAUGCGCGCGGGCUGACGCGCCACGACGGGCGGCUAGGGGAGCUCCCGAAACUCGAGUCAACGGAUAAUGGCAUGGUCUUGUGGCCGAUCUGCUCGAACGUUCACUGGUACCUAUUGACGUUCAACUUUGGGAAGAACGAACUGCUGCUCUAUGAUCCGCUCUAUCCCUAUCCAUCGAUGAAAACUCUCAAGAAAAUAUUGCGAGAUGCUUUGAAUCGGUUCAACACGCUGCUUCCCGCCCGAGAAGUGCCCACGCUGAGCGGCUACGGUCCAAAAGCAACGACGCACAAGGUGGAGUUCGGAACCGAGUGCGCUCCACCAAAUGACCCCAUCCAUUCCGUGACCAUCCAGGGCAACGAAAGCGGAACGCUGAUGUGCUGUGAGCUGCAGACGGCCGUCAAUACCCUACCAGCCUGCAUGGCCCGCAAUGGAGGAUCUGCAAGGACAGAUGGCUCGGAAGACCCGAUCCGGAUUGCCAGACGCCAAGGAUUUGAAAAGGAUUGCGGACGAGAUUGGCUUCGGAACGAUUCACCAGGCUCUCCAAGAGGU